AUGAGGUUGACAGUGUCCUGGCUCUUUUUGCUAUUGGGGCCAUCCAAAGCCUAUGGUCAGACAUCUUACAAUGGCAGUGCGAGCAAUAGCAGCAUCAAGGACGCAUUCAUCGACAACCUCGUCAACCAGAUGACUGUCCCGGAGCUGGUCAUGCAGGUGUAUCUGCUCUUCGCAGACUCGGUAGUCGGCCCGUACAGCAACAACUCUCUGUACAAUUCUACGCUCCAUCUGGCACCAGACGCAGGUAUUGGUGUCAUACACGACUGGUACCCGCUCAACAAGACGUAUGUGAACGAAUUGCAACGUCUCAAUAUCGAGAGCUCGCGUCUGGGGAUCCCAUUCAUGCAUGUCGGAGAGUGUCUACAUGGUGUGGGGUCUUUCCAACAGUCCAUGUUUCCGCAAUCGAUCGCCAUGGCAGCAAGUUGGGACGCUGAUAUGGUCCACACAGUCGGCAGUGCUAUCGGAGCUGAGGCGAGAUCGAUAGGCGUUCAUGCUUGUUUGUCUCCGGUCCUUGAUGUCUGUCAGGACCAGAGGUGGGGAAGAUGUCAGGAAGACUGGGGCGAAGACCACAUUUUCACCAGCCAUAUGGGUGUCGCUUAUGCAUCCGGACUCUCCAAGAACUCUUCCUGGUCACAGCAGGAUGCUGUCGUGCCGGUCAUGAAGCAUUUCGCCGCUCAUGGUGCACCUCAGGGUGGUCUAAACACUGCACCAUUUAUGGGCCAUGGUAAUCGACAGGUGCUACAGGACUUACUAAUGCCAUUCAAGGCGGCAGUGGAUCUUGGUGGUGUCAAGGGUGUUAUGAUGGCGUAUAGCUCAUGGGAUGGUAUACCUUCGGGUGUGCAUCCCGCACUUUACGAUGCGCUCGACGAGUGGGGAUACAGUGGAUUCGUUAUCGCCGACGAUACCGGCAUGAAACAGUUACAGACUCUUGAUAUGGUGACCAGUGGUCCGGCGGACACGAUAGCCCAGUGGCUGAAUGCAGGGGGCAUGAUUGAUUAUUACGAUUAUCCGCUCGACACAUACCUGACAACAAUCGAGGCUAUCGUGGCGAACGGCACCGUAGCGCUCAGUACCUUACAAGACAGAGUCAGGCGUGUGCUUGGAGUGAAGUAUGAUCUUGGGCUCUUCUCGAAUCCAUACAUCAACAAUGACAUUGACGCUGAAGCACUGGUCGACCAACAUAUCCCGACGGCUUACGAGGCAGCUCAGAAGUCAAUAGUGCUCAUCGAGAACAAGAACAGCAGCUUGCCACUGCAAGCCGCAGUUGGCACUGUAAAAAAGCUUGCCCUCAUUGGCCCUUUCUCUGAUAGCUUGAAUUAUGGAGACUAUUCUGGUCAGUUUGGAGCGUACCCAGUCGCCCACUCGAGCACCACACGGCAGGGUAUUCUUAGCACCUUGAGCGAGUGCAAUAGCACCGUCGACUUGCUCUCAUCUUGGGGCGCCAAUAGCUGGCUGUACAAUGGUCAACAUCCGAUCCCAGGCUACCAUUUGUCCACGUUGAACAGCACCAGCGGCGGUCUGUCAGCAACCUAUUACGCCGACACGAACUUCACCACACCGCUCGUCCAUACCACCGAAGUCCCAGUAGGCGACUGGGGCCUCUAUCCGCCUCCUGGCCUGCCGUCAAACAACUUCAGCGCAACCUGGGAAGGCUACCUGGACGCCUCGGUAGACACGGAGGUCGAAGGCUGGUUGGGUAUAGCCAUAGGCGCCAACACGACAGCCAAAGUCUUUAUCGAUGACAGCCUCCUUGUUGACGUCCCGCUGACCACUACCGGUAAUAUCCUAUCCAACAUCCCUUCCUAUGCUUUCAUCGAAGCCAACAGUACCGCGCCUCCACCCGGGAGCAGCAACUUUACCUUCGCACCCAAUAGCACGUACAAAAUUAGGAUCGAAUAUCAGACCUACAAUCUCUACCAGAAGAUUGAGAAUCAAGGCUCGCUCAACUCUCAGGUCCUGCUUUUCUGGAACCUCGUCGAUCGUCGACCUGGUCAAGCAGUACAGAAUGCGGUGGAAAUUGCCUCACAAUCCGACGUCAUUGUUCUUUCCUUGGGGGCAGCCUGGAACUCUGACGGUGAGAACGGCGACCGCGGGAUAAUGGACCUUAGUACCAACCAAACAGCUCUCGCACAAGCAAUCUUCGAUCUGAAGAAACCCACUAUCCUCCUCCUAUCCGGUGGUCGACCCUUCGCAAUCGACGACUUUUACAAUGCUUCCUCCGCCGUCCUACUAACAUACUUCGGCGGUCAAGCAAGUGGCCAAGCAAUUUCAGACGUUCUCUUCGGCGACUUCAACCCAGGUGGGAGAUUACCGCUCACGGUCCCUAGACACGAGGGUCAGAUGCCGGUCUACUACAACUACAAAGCCACCGCUCAUGCGGCCAGCUAUGUCGAUAUGCUAUCCUCACCUGCAUAUCCCUUUGGAUAUGGACUAAGUUACACCAACUUCAGCGUUUCUAAUUUUGGUGUCGCGGUUCAACCGGCGAAUGGAUCCGGGAUCAGCAAUUCCACUUUUGGGUCAGGUAGUACCCUGGUCUUCACCCUCACGCUCAAGAACACCGGCGCCGUACGAGGAUCCUACGUCCCGCAGGUCUAUCUUCUGCAGCGAAUCUCUCAGAUCACGCAGCCGGUGAAACAGCUUGUGGCUUUCACGCGGACGUAUCUAGAUCCCGGGCAGACAGCUGUGGUGAGGAUGGAGGUAGAUGUAGACAGGUAUCUCAGGAUUCUCAAUCGGAGAUAUAAGUGGGAAUUGGAGAAGGGCAGCUAUACAUUUGCUCUGCUUGAGAACGGAGGGAUGUUGGCUGAGACCGGGACGAACGUGACUCUGAGCUGUGCCGGGUGA